AUGUAUGGAACUGAAAAUGCUGAAUACUUUGGAAAUGAUAAAUACUCCGGUGCCGAUGGGUCGGCAAAUGGAUUACCUGAAUGCACAGCAAAUAUUAUGGGCACCAUCAUGGUAGUUGCAGCAGUAUUCGUGAUCCACAUCGAAAUAAACAUAGUUAUCUUCGAAUAA